UGGCUGUCAGACAGUUCAGAGCGUUACUCUGCUGCCAUCUCUGCAGAGGAACAACAGGCUCUGUGACAAAAGGUUCCCACGACGCUGCCCGGGGGACACCAAUGUCGAGACAGGGGGGGGAUGGAAGAAAGCUAUGAGACAUUUGAAGAGGAGUUAGGGCCACCAAGAGCAGAUCCUCCUCCACAGAAGCCUGUUCGACAGAUCCGCAGAGCAGAAAUGUACACAACAAGGAAAGUCAGAGAGGAAACGACUCCAGCUCCACAACAACCAAGAGCAGAACCGAAGACUUUACCCAGGGAACCAAGCUUCCCCAAAACAACAUCCUUGCACAAAGCCCUGUCCAUCCAAAACCUGAGCCAGAUUGAAACACCAUGGGAGAAUGUCACCCUCAACCGUUGUCUGUUUGUGGCCAUUACCAUCCUGGUGCUCACCUCAGGUUUUCAGAGGCUUCAUGAAACUCUGCGAGUCCGGGGGACAGAAGAGGAGGAAGAAGUUGGACUGACGGUGAGACGGUACGGCACAUUACGACACAGAGGACAGCUUCCAGAGCCUGAGCUAACUCUGUGGGAAGUCAUGUUCUGGUGGCUGCCAGACCUUGAUGAUGAAGAGGAUGAGGAUGAUGAUGAUGAUGAUGAUGGAGAAGUCAAAAGAGUCAAGCCAAAAAGACGGACAACAGCACAAGCAUCAAGGGGCCUCAGGAACAAGCCACUGCUAGACAAUAAACUGAUGAAGCGAAGAAUAGGGAAAUUAAAGGACAGGAGAGCCAAGAAAGCUAGGGAUGAAGAAAUCAAGGAUAAGAAAGAAAGAGGAAAAGCAGAGGACCCCAUCGAAGCAGCAGAUGAAGAUGAGGAUGAAGGAAGGGAGGAGGCUGUGCCCAAGAAGAAUAAAAAGUUGGAAAAACAGAAAGAGAGGAAAAAGACUCAAAAGGGAUGAGUUGAUUCUUUCAACUGUGGCAGACAACAGUUUAAGUAUUGAACUCAAUAAUAGAUUAUCUGUUAGAUUCUGCAAAUGUUGCCACCAAGACUCAAAAAUAGCUAGAUACAUGUGGUUUUGUGUGAUGGAGCUUUGAAUUACCUGUAAAGACAUUUGCAUUUUCAUUGUGAUCAUUUGAUUCCCUUUGGUGUUGAAAAACCUACAUUUUAAUAAACUGCUCAUAAAUCA